CUUCUUCAUUUCCUCGCUAAGAAAAGAAAACAAAAGAAACGAAACGAAAACACCCUCUCCUUCUCUUCUCAAUAUACUUUGUAUUUGGAGUAUUUAAGUUUGAUUGUUAGAUAACCGGAUCAGCGAAUUGUUGUCAGUGAUCGAUAAUUAGGAAGAUAAUGUUUAACGGAAUGAUGGAUCCUGAGAUGAUCAGACUCGCGCAGGAGCAGAUGAGUCGGAUGUCCUCAGACGAAUUAGCUAGGAUCCAACAACAGAUGAUGUCCAAUCCCGAGUUGAUGAGAAUGGCCUCAGAAAGCAUGAAGAAUAUGCGACCAGAAGACUUGAAAAAUGCUGCUGAACAGCUAAAGUAUGCCCGCCCGGAGGAGAUGGCUGAGAUUGGUGAAAAAAUGGCUAGUGCGUCUCCUGAAGAAAUUGCUGCUAUGCGUACUCGUGUUGAUGCCCAGAUGGCAUAUGAAAUAAAUGGGGCUGAGAUGUUGAAGAAACAGGGGAAUGAACUACACAAUCAGGGAAGAUUCAAAGAGGCCUCAAACAAAUAUUUGCUUGCAAAAAGAAAUCUGAAAGGACUUCCAUCCUCCAAAAGCAGAGCACUGUUAUUAGCGUGUUCCCUUAACUUGAUGUCUUGCUACCUAAAGACCAGGCAAUACAAUGAGUGCAUAAAAGAAGGCUCUGAGGUUUUGGCCUAUGAUGCAAAGAAUGUCAAAGCUCUUUACCGAAAGGGCCAAGCUUAUAGAGAACUAGGACAGUUGGAGGAUGCUGUAUUGGAUUUAAGCAAGGCGCAUGAAGUUUCCCCAGAUGAUGAAACUAUUUCAGAGGUCUUAAGGGAUGUUGAGAAAAGAUUGGCUAAAGAAGGCAGACGUCAAGCUCGUAAAGGAUUAGUAAUUGAAGAAAUAACUGAAGAUGUUGAGGCUGCCUCUUCUGUAAACCAAGAAAGUUCAAGGGAAGCACAAGUGCAAGAGAGUACCGACUUCUCUAAAAGUGAGCGUGGGGAUAGCAAUGGAGGCUUGACAACCAAUUCUGACCAUUUUCAAGUUGUGAGAAAUGACCCAGAGGCAAUCAGAUCAUUCCAGAAUUUUGUUUCUGGCAGUGAUCCUGAAACACUGGCUGCCUUUGGUGGUGACAAAGCAGGAGACAUAUCUCCUGAAAUGUUUAAGACUGCCUCAAAUAUGAUCGGGAAGAUGUCUCCUGAAGAGCUUCAAAAAAUGCUUCAGAUGGCUUCCUCAUUUCAAGGGCAAAAUUCGUAUCCCACAGGGGGUCCCUCCAGACCUGGAUUGGUUCCUCCAGAGAUAACUCCUGACAUGCUUAAAGCGGCAUCUGAUAUGAUGAGUAAGAUGCCAUCUGAAGAGCUUCAGAAGAUGUACGAAAUGGCAUCCUCGUUGAAAGGGAAAGACGCAUUUUCAACUCCAGUAGCUUCAGACUCUAAUGGACUAAGUUCAGAUACUGGGUUAAGAUCAUCAGAAGCUCAGGAAAAUUUUGUAGCCAACAGAAAUGAUGCAGGUGAAACUAGUUCGUCGCAUACUUCCUUUUCAAAUAGAAGAAGUGCCCCGGAGCCAAGCUUUCCGGCGUCAACUUUUGAUUUGCAAGAGCAGAUGAGAAAUCAAAUGAAAGAUCCGGCUAUGCGGCAGAUGUUCACAUCAAUGAUGAAGAAUAUGAGCCCAGACACGAUGGCAAGCAUGAGUGAACAAUUUGGAAUGAAACUGUCUAGGGAAGAUGCAGCAAAAGCCCAACAAGCCAUGUCAUCGUUAUCCCCCGAACACUUGGACAAAAUGAUGUGUUGGAUGGAAAGGAUCCAAAGGGGAGUAGAAGGUACGAGGAAAGCGAAGAACUGGUUGUUUGGGCGGCCUGGCAUGAUUCUAGCGAUAUGCAUGCUCAUUUUAGCUAUUAUCCUUCACCGGUUGGGUUUCAUUGGCAAUUAGAAUCGGUACCCACUGCCCACCAUUGUUGAUAAUUCAUGAUGCCUAUUUCAUUAUUCUUACUACUUGCCCACUUAGAAGCACUAAAAAGCUUGGAUGGUAGGAUUAAGUGGAGUUUAGAUGGAAAGGGUGUGGGGUUGUAUGUCAUGACUAACAGAGAAUUUUUUUUCCCUUUGCGUUGGUGCCCGUUUGUAAGGUUUGGACAAAGAUAAAGAUUAUCUGAUCCCAUACUUUUUGUAAUAUCAUAAUCUCAAUGACCCGUGACAAUUCCCCCACUUUUGAAAUACUAUUGAGAAAUUUGUUUCUCAUUUGAAUCGAACUUUGGAUACA